AUGCAGGUCAACGAGGUACCUACUUCACGUCCAUUGUCCGUCCCCGGGAGGGAUCUCGUCGGUGGUGGUGCAACCUACGACGGGGUGAGCUCGAGCUAUCUAGGAGACGGAGGCAAAUCCCCUUGGCCUCGCGAUACCGCAUACGAUUCGGAAGAAAAGGCUGGCGAGCGUCCAAAUCCACACCGCAAGUAUAGCAAAAAGUGGUUCGACUACGCUCGCAAUCGGGCCGUCGAAGUCGGCAGAUGGCCCCGGGUGACUUAUGCGUCCAUCGGAAUCAUCUUGAUCGUCGUCUGGGUUGGCAUCAUGAUCGUCUUUGCCAAAUCAGAAGUGAAAGCCCAGAGGAAAAACUCGGAUUACAAUGGGGGUAAAGGCCGGGUCGGUGGAGGGGCUUCAAAGUUCCAGCUUUUGCUCAAAGGGACGCUCAAAAAGUUUGACCCCAUUGAGCGCAACCUCCGCGUAUCAUGGGCACUCGUCUACGUCGACAACACUACUGGCAUUGUACAUCCAUCAGGUGAAACUCCCGAGGACAGGUGGCAAGUCAACCUGUACCGCGACGUCAAGGCCGUCCCCGAGGACCGCCAGGGUAAUGCGACCCUCCUCGCAGAGUUCGACCUCACCCAAGCAGAGCUCGAGAGCACGUAUCGUGUAGACAAUGUUACCCAACCCCCCAUCGCUACACUCGGCAUGCAUCCAUUCGACAGCGUCGACACCAAUAUCGAUUUCAACCAGGCGAAGGAGGAGGACGCGUUUGCGCAGCCACUCUUUGCAUAUCCAUUCGACGUUUGGCAAGGGUCCAUCGUAUUUGCCAUCACAGACCGAGUGGUCUCGGAUCGGCUCAACCUGACAAACAAUCACAUCCUCAAUCCCGGAGGAGCCAUAUUGCGCGACAGCACCCUCAAUUGGCGCAUCCAACUCGCCGCAAACAAUACCUGCGACCUCGCGCCAGUCGAUGCUGGCUGCGAGCUGCACCUGGAUUUUACGGGCCGUCGACCCCCGCUCGUCAAAUUCGCCGCCAUUCUCGCCGUCAUGAUCAACUGGGCAAGCACCAUUGGCAUCUUCUUGCUCACAUGCGAAUCCGUCGUCAUGCGUCGUACCUACAUCCUCUCCGACACGGAUAUCCUCGGCGUUUGCGUCAGCGCGCUCUUUGCGCUGCCCAGUGUCAGAGCUAUUCUACCGGGUGCACCAGAUUUCGGUGCAAUCAUCGACUUGAUUGGAAUCAUUCCGAAUAUCAUCGUCGUAUCGCUUUGCACGACGGCUAUCGCACUCUCGAAACUCACCAUGCGCCGACCGAAGAACGAAUAG